AUGUUGGUGCUAUUCGAAACAUCGGCGGGUUACGCUAUUUUCAAGUUACUGGACGAGUCAAAGUUGACACAAAUUGAUGACUUGUACCAGGAGUUCAACACACCCGAGGGAGCUUCUUCAGUGGUGAAACUAAAGAACUUUAUAAAAUUUGAAGACACAGCUGAAGCUCUUGCAGCUACCACAGCAGCCAUUGAAGGCAAAGUGUCCAAACCAUUGAAGAAAGCUCUCAAAAAGUACAUUAGCAAGGAAGUGCAGGACCAGCUGCUUGUCGGUGAUGCCAAGUUAGGAAGUGCCAUCAGAGAAAGUUUGACUUGCAGUGUGUGUCCAACAAUAAUGUUCAGGAGCUGCUCCGAUGUAUCCGCUCACAGAUGGACAGCCUGCUGGCAGGUCUGCCAAAGAAAGAAAUGACAGCUAUGGCUCUGGGUUUAGCUCACUCACUGUCGAGAUAUAAAUUAAAGUUCUCUCCUGACAAAAUCGACACUAUGAUUGUUCAGGCUCAAUGCUUACUGGACGAUCUUGAUAAGGAGCUAAACAAUUAUGUCAUGAGAUGCAGAGAGUGGUACGGAUGGCACUUCCCUGAAUUGGGUAAGAUCAUUACAGACAACACACUUUUUGUAAAAAUUAUACAAAUGAUGGGAACGAGGGACAAUGCUUCCCAGACAGAUUUGUCAGAUAUUCUUCCGGAGGACUUGGAGGAGAAAGUAAAGGAGGCAGCUGAGAUCUCGAUGGGAACUGAGAUAUCGGACGAUGAUAUCUUGAACAUUCAGAACCUAUGUGAUGAAAUCAUCUCUAUCACAGACUACAGAACACAUCUGACGGAUUACUUGAAAGCUAGAAUGAUGGCCAUGGCACCCAAUCUGACUGUGCUGAUCGGUGAACAUAUUGGAGCUAGGUUAAUUGCACAUGCUGGGUCACUGAUGAACUUAGCCAAACACCCAGCCUCAACUGUACAGAUCUUUGGAGCUGAAAAAGCUUUGUUCAGAGCCUUGAAGACCAAAAAAGACACACCUAAGUAUGGUCUCAUCUACCAUGCUCAGCUAGUUGGUCAGUGUAGUACUAAGAAUAAAGGCAAAAUGUCGCGCAUGUUGGCGGCGAAGGCAGCUCUAGCGACGAGGGUCGAUGCUUUCGGAGAAGAUGUGUCGUUUGAGUUAGGAGCGGAACACAAAGUAAAAUUAGAGAAUAGGUUAAGGCUGCUGGAGGAAGGCAACCUGCGGAGAAUUAGUGGAACGGGCAAGGCAAAGGCCAAGUUCGAAAAAUACCACAGCAAGAGCGAGGUGUUCCACUACCCGACUGCUGGAGACAGCACCCUGGGUAAACCUGUGAAGCGAGAACACUCACCCGAUGAGGAUGGCCCCUCAGUCUCUGCCAAGAAAAUUAAACUAGAAGAUGGUGCUAGUGAUGUAACACCAAAGAAAGAGAAGAAAAUUAAAGUAGAAGUGAAAGAAGAAGUUGAAAACAAUAGCCAGGAGGAGCCAGUCUCAGAGAAGAAGAAGAAAAAGAAGAAGAAGUCAGAGAGCCUACCCGUUGAGGAAGCAGAGGAGGGUGUAGAGGAACCUAAGAGUGAAAAGAAAAAAAAGAAGAAGCGGCAAUCACAACCUGAGGAGGAAUAG